AUGGAGUUUCCUAGCCACCCGAUAUUCCGAGACCCUCUCUUUCAGAUGGCAGAAUAUAAGGCCUUUGAGUUAGAUAUUCAUAUGGCUGUUACAACAGUCAUGAAAGAAGAUCCUCAUUCUAUUGCUAUUCAAAAGGCCAUCCCCGCUGUAAACGACUGGCUUCGUACAAUGACUGCAGCUAUUCAGACUGGCCAGGUUACUCAUUCACAAGCCCUUCGCUCAUUAGAGGACUUAAUGGCACCGCAAUAUCGUAUGUUAAGGAACACUACAACAAUCCUAGAACUGUGGAAAGAGUGGACUGUCGGGCUCAAUGGCCAGCUUUCAAUUGAGAGGCUCGAUGAGCUCUAUGGCUCUGGCUGGAGCUCAGGGCCUGAGAGCUCUGCUGAACGCCAGUUCUAUUCUCGAAGGAAGACUCUCAUUAAUGAGAUUAGAAGACUGGCUACUGUUGAAGAUGCCUCUUUAGGGGAUCCCUGUCAAACAGUUGUAGCAAAGUUAGAGGAAGAGCGGAUACGGGCUGGUGCUUCACUAAGCAAGGUAAUAUAUGCUUUAAAAAGGUCAUAG